AUGCCAUCAACGGGAGUGUCUACUUCGACACCAAGGCCUUCAAGAGUGUCUCCUUCUCCUCUCCUCUCCCCCUCAUUUCCCCUCUCCUUCCUCCCGCUUCCCCACACUCAUUGCAGGGAGUCAGGAUACAUGGAGUCAGGCCACAUGUACGGGAAGCUGUGCCCGUGGUCCGUGGGCAGUGCUGAGCUGGCAGCAGAGAGCGAAUCAGACUUUGCCACGUCAGAGAAGCGCAACCGCAGCGACUUCGCCCUGUGGAAGGCCAGCAAGGCUGGGGAGCCAUCGUGGCCGUCGCCUUGGGGCGAUGGACGGCCAGGAUGGCACAUUGAGUGCUCUGCCAUGGCUUCGGAUAUCGUUGGAUUUCCCAUGGACAUUCACUCUGGCGGCAUCGACCUUCGGUUCCCCCACCACGACAACGAGUUGGCACAGGCGGAGGCGUUUCACGGGUGCGGGCAGUGGGUGAACUACUUCCUGCAUGCCGGCCAUCUGCACAUCGAGGGCCUCAAGAUGUCCAAGUCGCUCAAAAACUUCAUCACCAUCCGCCAGCCAAUCAACUAUGGGGAGGGUGCGAUGGCAGAUGCUGUGGGGAGGGAGAAGCAGCUCAGAAACUUCUUCCAGACCGUUCAAGCUGAAAUUCGGGCAGCGGUGAGUCAUGCUGACGUGGAGUGA